AUGCCUCCAGAGCGCCAGCCCGCCCAAAAACGCCGGCAUCUCCCAUUUAAGCCACCCAGCCGCGCAACAGUGUCCCCGGCUGCCUCCGCAUCAACAACAGCGGGCCCAUCCAAAAGCAAACCCUCAAAACCACCAACGAAGGCCCCGAAAGCAACGGCCUCAUCCUCGAAAUCAAGACCGAAACCCAAGCCCGCCAAGGCCUCCUCAUCCCGCCAGAGACCAUCUCCAUCCCCGCCGAACGAAAGUGCAACAAACUCCGAUCCCCCCUCAGACGAUCGCGCCUCCGCGGAGCCUUCAGGCUCGGGCUCGGGCUCAGACUCAGAUGAUGAAACCGAAGCAAACUACAUUCUUGCCGAAAUCAUGCACGGCGAGCCCGCGAAUGAAGACGUUCUUUCCUCAGAACCGCUUAUUCCUCCGAAACUGUUAACGAAGCUCGUCCACCACCACUUCCGGAAUGAGAAGACGAAGAUGGCGAAGGAUGCAAAUGGGGUCGUUGCGAAGUAUAUUGAUGUCUUUGUGAGAGAGGCUGUUGCUAGGGCCGCGUUUGAAAGGGCUGAGGGCGGCGGUGGAGGUGGCGUAGCGGAUGGGUUUUUGGAGGUCGAGGAUCUUGAGAAGAUGGGUCCGCAACUUGCUAUGGAUUUUUAG